AGGGGCGCGCCUCUCCUUUCCAAAAUCGUCUGACCGCCCGGUCCUGCCCAGAGUUCAUUCCUCUCCUCCCUUUCUUCAAGACCGUGCGUAAUGGUAGAGCGGAGAAUGAACUCUCUAGCGAAAUGGGCGCUCAUCCUCUUUGUCCUGGUCUCCAUCAUUCUCAACAUCGUCCUGAUUGGCAUCCACUCCAGCAGGGCUCCCAAAUGUUCCGCUCAGCGUAUCCAUCCGCUGCGGGACAAACACAACGAGCGCAGCCUCGUGUUUGCUGACCUUACCCGGGAGGAGUACUUGCAGGUCCAGCAGUACAUGCUCAAGCAGAAAGACUUGGACAUAUCCACCAACCAGAUCACCAAGCCAUCGGAAAACUUCUUGUUUUUAAUAGACCUAUCUCUGCCAAAGAAAGCGGACGCGCUGGCUUACUUGGACAGGAAAGCCGCUAAGCCGAUGAGAGAGGCGACGGUGGUGGUCUUCCACGGAGCCCAAGGCUACAUUAAGGAGUACGUAGUGGGGCCUCUUCCCAAGCCGACAUACCACAGAGAUGUCACCAAGGAGAGGUACAAGAUGGAGCUGCCUAUCAAUGCGCGCACGGUCACCAUCGGGGAAUACGCCUUGCUUUUUCAGUUUUUGGAGGAUAAGGUCUUCUCCAAGCUGGAGAAACUCAUGAAAGAGAGCUUCGACGUGGGUCUGGAUAAAAGGUUGAAUGCGUUUGAGCAGAUGCCUCGCGGAGUCCGAUCCGGGGACAGAAAGACCUGGGUAUCUUUCUUCAGGGAUAUGAGCGGCAUGUACAUCCACCCGGUGGGCUUUGAGGUGCUGGUCAACCAUGAAAGCGUAAACGCGUUCGAAUGGAGAGUGGAGAGGCUGCUUUAUAACGGUCAAUACUUCGACACCGUAGAAGAACUUCAACAGAAAUAUGAUACUGGGUCUAUUAAGAAAAUAGUUUACAAGGAGUCGCCUGACUAUGGUUCACUGAAACCCAGGCACAAACCUCUGCAGAUGGGCCCGCAGCUGUUUUACGCAGACGGGAAGCGCUACAGCGUCAGCAACAACCACGUCCUGUACCUGGACUGGAGCUUCGCCUUCGGGCUCAGUUCUCUCACGGGCAUGAGGGUGUUUGAUGUGCGUUUCAAGGGUGAGAGGAUAGCCUACGAGCUGAGCGUGCAGGAGGCCAUGUCGGUGUACGGUUCAGUUACUCCGGGGAUGAUCUUGACCAAGUUUCUGGACUCGAGUAUUGGGAUAGGGCGCUUCGCACACGAACUGGUGCGUGGCGUAGAUUGCCCCCACGAUGCCACCUACGUGGACACAUACCGCUAUAUCGAUGUCCCAGCCCCGGUCAGAUUUAGGAAUUCAAUCUGCGUCUUUGAGCACAACAUGGGUCAACCCCUGAGGAGACACUUCUCUGACUUUUUCCACAACAGUUACGGGGGGAUGGUGAACAGCGCCCUGGUGUUCAGGACGAUCACAGCUAUAGGAAACUAUGAUUACAUAUGGGAUUUCAUCUUCUACCAGAGCGGAUCAGUGGAGGCCAGGGUGCAUGCCACCGGCUACAUCUCCUCUUCUUACCUGGUGGACGGUAGUCUGAAACACGGACACCAGGUGGCAGAGAAGGUGCUGGGGAACAUCCACACCCACUUUAUCAACUUCAAGGUGGACCUGGAUGUGUUGGGAAUGAAGAAUGUUUUCCAGACCAAAGACAUGGAAUAUGUCAAUGUGUCGCUGCCAUGGAUGUCUGAUCACUACGCUACGGUUCCUCAGUUGGUGGAGAAGCAGCUCAAAACAGAACAGGAGGCUGCUCUGCGUUACGACACCAAGACUCCUCGCUACCUCCACAUCGCCAGCAACAAGACUAACCGCUGGGGUCACCAGCGGUCCUACAGGCUGCAGGUGUUCAGCUUCACCGGGGACCACCUUCCAGAGAACCAGGCCGAGGAGAGGGCCAUGUCCUGGGCCAGGUAUAAGGUUGCCAUCACCAAGCAUAAGGACUUAGAGCAGACCAGCUGCAGUCUGUACAGUCAAAAUAACAUCUGGACUCCAGCUGUCGACUUCAGCAAGUACAUUGAAGACAAUGAAAGCAUUGAAGAUGAGGACCUGGUUGCCUGGGUGACCACCGGUUUCCUCCACAUCCCUCACUCCGAGGACAUCCCCAACACGGUAACCGUGGGCAACGGGGGCGGGGUCCUACUGCGGCCCCACAACUACUUUGAUGAGGACCCGUCCAUCCACUCUGCUGAUGGGGUGUACAUUGGCCCGGGCACCGAGGACAGCUGUGACAACAACAGGAUGGCCUGCCUUGCUCAAGAGACCUGCAGCCCCGUCAUUGAACCCUUCACCUACCACGGCUUUGAUGGAGUCAUGAAGUUUGAGGAUUGGGUCUGAUUUAUUUUGCCCUGCGUGGUUAUGUCUGAUGAACUCAGACAUGUGCUUCGGCUUAUUUACUGAUAUUUCAAGAAGCUUGUGUCAAUGUUAACAAAUUUAUAGAGGGAGUUUGGGAUAGCAAGUUAUUUGUGCUAAAUGUGUUCUAAAGCUGCACCAGGCAAGGAAUUGAGUACAUUUUUCAACAAAGUAUGCUAAUUCCCUUUGUGUCCGAGAGUGCAAUAAGAAGAUCGAUACCACUCUCAUAUCUGUGCGUUAAGUACAGAGCUAGACUCAGGACGUGGUUAGCCUAACUUAGCAUAAAGACUGAGAGCAGGGGAAAACAGCAAGCCUGGCUCUAUCCAAAGUUGAAAAAUGCACCUACCAACACCUCUAAAACUUACUAUUUACACACUCUAUCUUAUUGGUUUAAUCUGUUCACAAACUGAAAUGUAAAAACAUCAAUUUGUGGUUUAUUUGUAAGUGAACAACAGCCAGGCGCAGUGACAGUGCAUAGCUUUCCAGAGUUUGUUUUCACAGGUUGUGCCUGUACUGAGACCAAAACCAACACUGUGCUCACAGACUAUAUCUGGCAACCUCAGUUAUUAGCCUAUAUGACUGAGAAAAGUGGAGAAAAGAACUCCAUCACCACUAAUAGAGUCCUCUAUAGAUUCCCCCUAUCCUAAUCAUGCUGGUAUGGACACUGGUGGGGAAUGUUCUCAGUGACCAGAAAAUUAUGCCUCAAAAGGUCAGAGUAAAAUUCACAAAUAUCUCCUAGAAAUAGCAGCAGUUUUGGCUGUCACUGACGUUGGCACGUGCAGCUUUAAAGGUCCAGUGUGUAACAUUUAGGAAGAGCUAUUGGCAGAUAUAGAAUCUAAUAUUUAUAAGUAUCUUUCAAUUAAUGUAUAAUCACCUGAAAUUAAGAAUCGUUGUUUUUUUCAUUACCUUAGAAUAAGCCAUUUUUUAAUCUACAUAAGGAGCAGAUCCCCUUCCAUGGAGGUCGCUAUGUUGCACUGCCAUGUUUCUACAGUAGCCCAGAACGGACAAACCAACCACCUUGCUCUAGAUAGGGCCGUUCGCGUUUUUCGCACUGUAGUUUCUCCUACACGCUUAGUAGGGGAGGGUGAUGCAAGCGGUAUUCAAAUGGUUGCGAACUGCAAUUUCACCGCUAGAUGUCACUAAAUCCUUACACUGGACCUUUAAAGGUCCAUUUUGUUGGUUGGCAUGCUUUAGCGCAUUAACUACAAGUCAUGCAUACUUUACAUAACUACGGAACAUUUUUCAAAUCAUGUAAGCUUUUGCAGCGAUUUCCUAACUACCAGGUAACCAUUGGUUUCCAAUCAUUUCACUAAAAAUCCACUUACAGAGACUUGAAACAUGCUUGAUAAUGCUAAUCCAAGUCCUAGAAUGUUACAUUAACUUAUUUUUAGUGAGUUACAUUAUCAUCACAUGAUAAUGCAUAAGUUUUUCCAAAUUAUUCCUAUUGUUGUGUUCAAGGAUGUUCUGAUAUGUGAUACUUGGCUGUCAAACUUUAUGCAAGGGAAAACAUUUCCAAGUUGUUCAUGUUUGCCUCCUGUUUGUCCUCAGGGUUGGAUUUCCUGAUGGCACAUUUGGCUCUUAAAUUUCAGAUGGCCUUGUCCAGCAGUAUCCAUGAAAGCAUCAGAAAGGAGAUUAUUCGAAGUCAGCCCCUACCUGCAUGUUCAUUACGAUAGGACAAUAAAAUAACUUUAACAAAUAUAAAGCAGACAGUGUUUACUGUGAUGGAAUAGCUAUAUCAACCAAGUUUUAAAUCUCUGCAUGAUGACUUUCAUACUGUACUAAAGUGAAUGGAAACCAGGGCCAGGGUCCCUCACCAAAUUUAUUCAAGUAAUAGAAUAGAUAGAAUAGAACUAUACUUUCUGUAUAUUGUGGUUUAGUGGUGUAUAUUACCAAACAAAUUUGCAGUUUGUAAAAAUGAUCACAAAAUAAUUGCCAUGCAAUGAACCUGGGUCCUUCUUGGCCCCUUGGGUAGUUUCCCAGUUGGUAAACAAGCCUUGGCGUACACAUAUGGCUGCCUAGAAGGUAGGGAAUCAAUCUAAAAGUGUAUAGUAUAAUUUCAGUGAUACAAUUCUAAUCUGGAAAUCAAAAUCAAAACAAAAUACCUAAACUUGUCAAACUUACAAUUGUAAAAUUUGGCAUUUAGUUCUGUCACUGUGUUUGCAUAGUAAAGUGAAAGAAUCCUUACUAAUAUCAGUCUAAGAACAUAGUGACAACAUGUACCGCACUACUUGGCCUGAUGACAUUUUAUAUUCUUUACAAAUGACCCUCAAAUUUGCUAACUCACUGAUGCAGCAAGGAUUCUGCUCAGCUGCUCUGAUGCACUCCAUCACUGUGGAUUUGACGUUGUCGUUGUGUGUUGCAUUUCGAGUGACGCAGAAGACACAAUUUUCAAUUUCAAUUCAAUUCAGUGGCUUUGAAAUCCUAUUUGAGUGUCCAGAGUGUCCAGACUGAGACACAUCUGUAGAAAUCCAAUUGGAAUCGCAUUUCAAGGUACAAGGUCAUUUAUUUAUCAUUUUACAACACAAGGUUGUAUAAUGAAAUGAAAGUUUGUAGUCCCUUCAUGCUAGAAAUAUAUAUAAAAAUAUAUAAAUAUAAAUAUAUAUAUAUAUAUAUAUAAAAAUAUAUAUAUAUAUAUAUAUAUAUAUAUAUAUAUAUAUAUAUAUAUAUAUAUAUAUAUAGGGUCUACAUGCACAGCCGUUGCCAUUAGCUGCUUCAAACCACCUCCAAAUGUGGCUUGGAUCCGAUUUGCAAAAAUUGCAUUUCAUGUGGUUUUUUUUGCUGUCCAGACUUUCUAUAAUCAAUCUGGAUACAAUCUGGAUGUGCCAAAAAACAGAUUUGGGCUGGCAAUCGGAACAAGGCCUUAGUCUUGUUGUGCCUUUUUUGGUGGUAUCACCAAAGUUAGCAACCAUACUGACGGAUUUGGUUUGUUUUCUUAUUUUCUCAUUUAGUUCACUAAUUGUACCUAUAAAACUGAAAAUUUGAAUUUGUCAUUGUUAAAAUAAAAAUCAAAGUUGUAGUUUCACAGAAAUGAGGGAUAUGCCAACACUAGUGGGAAAUGUAUUACUUUACUUACUUUUACUUACAAGACUAUUCACUGCAAGCUGAUAUUUUAUUAGUAGUAAUUGUUGUCUGGGAUUCAUUGCUCAUUUUUGUCAAAACCAUAUGAUGACAUCCUCAGAAAUGUGAUCUAUGGUUUAAGAUUUUGUAAGCGAAGAGGCUAUCAUCUACCAUCAUUUCAGUAAUGUUUUCAAUCAUUUUUGCUUUUAUGCCAGCAAUCACUUUUUAGGAUGAAGUCAAAAUAUAUGCAAAUGGCAAUGCAAAAGACAAAAUUCUUUGUUUCUGUCUCUGUUUCUUACUGAUGAACCACUGUGAUAUAAACUGUGAUGCAAACAUUGUAAAAUGACACUGUAUAGUCAGCAGUGUGUAAAUGUGUGCACUGACAAAUAUGACCAUUCAGUCCAAAGCAGGAUCUCUCUCUGAUGUAGCUCGAGGCUGGGACUACUGAAUAUCUGAUGUCUGAUUCACUUUGUAUAUUUUUUCUACAGUGCAACAUUCUGAGGAAUGUUGUUGUUGUUAUUUCCUCUCAAAAUUAAAAAUAUGUUGAAGAAGG